AUGAGUGUUCCGUCGAACCUUUUCGUCUCGGAAAACAGUGCAGUCCAGGAGUCGAGCUUUCUGUCCACACAAGACGUUUCGAAGCCCGUGAACGACCUCCAAUUCGUUUUCUCGUCCUCGCAUGGCACCUCGGGAAUUCAAACCAGAGAAUCCGUUGACAUGCUCAUCGCAGAGCUUCCGGACGGUACCUGCCCUGACCACCUGAGGACGUGGACGUUCAAGGAAGGAGACGAUACUGUGAAAGAGGACGAUGCUGUGUAG